AUGGCACGCAAUUUUACCGAUCAGUCUCAUCCUCGUCAGCCUGGUUUCCAGCAGCAGCAGCUGCUCCACCAUCUUGUCUUUGCUAAAGCCAAUCCUGAGUCCCACUUUCUACCUCAUCUAAUUUCUCCCCUAUCAUCACCUUACCACUGUGCUGUUGACACACAGCUACAGAAAUGUGGGUCAGCAGUACUCUCUGGGGUCUGGUUCAAGAAGCCGAAGAGUCACAAAGAGUUGCCUCCAACCUCCCUUAAGGAUGUUCCUAAACAGCAGCGACGUAGUAAAGAGGCUGACCGCAUUUUGUGCAUUCUCUGUGCAGGUGACCGUUAUGUGGUGGUGGACUGUGGCGGAGGAACAGUGGACCUGACUGUCCAUCAGAUCCGUCUUCCAGAGGGACAUCUAAAGGAGCUCUACAAGGCCUCAGGCGGUCCCUAUGGCUCUCUUGGGAUUGACUUUGAAUUUGAGAAGCUGCUUUGUAAGAUCUUUGGCCAGGAUUUCAUCGACCAAUUUAAGAUCAAGAGGCCUGCCGCCUGGGUCGACCUGAUGAUUGCAUUUGAGUCUCGGAAGAGGGCAGCAGCCCCUGACAGAACCAACCCCCUCAAUAUUAACCUUCCCUUCUCCUUUAUCGACUACUACAAGAAGUUCAGGGGCCACAGCGUGGAGCAUGCCCUUCGCAAAAGCAAUGUGGAUUUUGUGAAAUGGUCAUCUCAGGGGAUGCUGAGGAUGAGUCCAGAUGCUAUGAAUUCCCUCUUCAAGCCCACCAUAGACCAUAUCAUCCAACAUCUCAGCGAGUUGUUUGAAAAGCCAGAGGUGAGUGACAUUAAGUUCCUGUUCUUAGUGGGAGGAUUUGCAGAAUCUCCCCUGCUGCAGCAAGCUGUCCAGAACAUGCUUCAGGGCCGUAGCCGCAUCAUCAUACCCCAUGAUGUUGGCCUCACCAUUCUGAAAGGUGCUGUGCUAUUCGGCCUGGACCCCAGCGUAAUUAAAGUCCGCCGCUCGCCCCUCACAUACGGGGUUGGCGUCCUCAAUCGCUUUGUGGAGGGCAAGCACCCACCGGAGAAGCUGUUGGUGAAGGACGGCACACGCUGGUGCACCGACGUUUUUGACACCUUCAUCGCUGCCGACCAGUCCGUGGCACUGGGUGAGAUGGUAAAGCGGAGCUACACACCUGCCAAGCCCUCUCAGCAGGUCAUCGUCAUCCACGUCUAUUGCUCCGAGAAGGAGAAUGUGGGGUUCAUCAGUGAACCCGGCGUCAGGAAGUGUGGAACACUUCGCUUGGAUGUGACUGGAACAGAAAGCACGGCACCACGGCGCGAGAUCCAGACGCUCAUGCAGUUCGGUGACACAGAGAUUCGUGCCAUGGCAGUGGAUGUGUCCACCGGACGCACAGUCAAAUCUAAUCUGUCCAUCGACACAGACCUCCAUGCAGCCAAUGGGAAGCGAGUGAAAGCUCUGGAUAUCUUUGCAUAUGCAUUGGCCUUUUUUAAAGAGCAAGCAUUAAAGGAGCUGAGUGAUCAGACAGGCGGCGAUUUUGACAACAAUGAUGUGAGAUGGGUGAUUACUGUUCCUGCCAUCUGGAAAAUGCCUGCAAAACAGUUCAUGAGGGAAGCUGCCUAUAAGUCUGCUCUGGUGUCCCGUGAAAACCCAGAGCAGCUGAUCAUCGCCUUAGAACCCGAGGCCGCGUCAAUCUACUGCCGCAAGCUCCGCCUCCACCAGAUGGUGGACCUGUGCACCCAGACCACCCAGAACGGCUUCAGCCCCACUGACAACGUGGGGAGUGGAAUGACCCAAGGUACAUCCCAUCAGCACUGACACCAAAUGAUCCUGAUUGUUCUAAUAGCUUGAUGAUGCUUCACUGAUCAUUCACCAUGUACACCCCUGUGUUGUUAAUGGUUCUGAAUGUGUGUGUAUUCAGUGUCUUACUAUGGCAGCAUUGACAUUGUAACACUGUUUCUCCUCCUGUUGAAUGUUUCUUCCAUAGUGUCUCCGGGUCAUGGUAAACAUGCUCUCUUUUUAAAUUCAGACAGGAACUGCAUGAAGGUUCAAAGGCACAAUUUUUUUUAUUUAUUUCUAAUCAUCACAUUGCAUCUUGCAUUUGCUUUUCCCAGAUUAUAUCAUAUACAAAAAGCACAUCUUGAUUUAUAAUGGGACUAACUACCUAAAAACAUUAAAGGGUGACUUUGGUAUUUUUCACCCUAGACUUUGUUUUCCAUGUU